UUUUUGUUAUUUCAGGAAAUAGGGGGACCCAGCAUGCGAGUCCCUGUUCCCCUUGCUGACCCCGGCGCAUAGAGGUCAUGUCAGCCGCAGACACACUCGCUCUGACGUCCUGCGCGGCGCAUAUAUCCUGCCAGUCCUCGACGAUCGUCCCUGCCCUCCACGCGCCUGCAGAGACCUCGCCUCGUUGCAACAUCUGGAUACAGCAAGACCUACGUGACCUGCGCGAACAAUUAUGGACUUGCAAAGCAGCCUCGUCCUUCCUGUGUCUUCGAGUGCUCGUCCUGAUUCAUCUGAGCAUCGCAUCUUCAUCUGCAGCAUUUCCGACUCUCCAGCAUAGUGCCAAGACGUCCUCCAUUCCUUUGUUGGCGUCAAAGAACACGACAGAUGACGUCACUGCGAGGGAGAAUUGCUGGAAACGCCUCAAGACCCUCUUUGAAGACGUGAGGUCGGAGGAACUCUUAAAUCAUACUGAAAAGUGUUUGGAAUACUGUGGCGACGAUCUGCAUCUCAAGUCAAUAGUCGACAAAUGGAUAAGGCUGUCAAGUGGUAGUGGGUCUGCUGUUCAGUGUCUUCUGAACAUAUCGGAACUUCAAGGAAAUGUUUUAAAAGAUACAUUCUGGUUAACAUCAAAUGGAGAUGCACUAGUAUAUAUGGGCAAUUCCUCUGAUGUUGUUAUCACUUGGGAAUUUCUUUCUUUGGGCCAAAAGAUAUUAGAAAUCAUAUUCCUGUGGAUAGGCAUAACAAUGUUCUUGGUGGUGAUCUCAGGAAACCUUCUGGUUUUAGCAACGAUGGUUUGCAACACGAGUAGGCGAAGUCUAGGCUGGUUAGUAAGAGCUUCCCUCGCUGUCUCGGAUUUUCUAAGAGGCAGUUUCGUCAUGACAAUGGCAUUGAGAAAUACCACGUGGCUUAUGACGAACAUUCCACGUGCGUCCAGUGUGAGCUUCACCCAGGGCAUGGGAUUCUCUGAGUACUUGUGUCGAUCUCUUGCAAUCAGUUCGGUUUACUCGAGCUUCUGUGCCGUUCUCUUCGAAACAACCUCAGUCAUGUCACUUCAGUGCCUGGCCUUCCUUGCAGUGGAAAGAUAUCUAGCAUGUAAGUAUCCACAAAGCACAAGCCAAAAGCCCGGAACGGUCAAAGCGACCAACCUCGCCAUGUGGGGCAUCGGGCUCGCUCUCCCUCUCGGGAUUCUCUUCACCUCCGAAGAGGCGCCAGGAUGUGGAUUUUUCGAUCCGUUUACGAAGCUCUUUAUCCUGCUUCCCAGAUCCGGACUUGGCUCCGUGCUGCACCAUUUGCUAAUGUUCUACAUGGCUGGACUCUUUGUCUGCACCGUCUUAGUGUUACUCAAGACCAAGCAAAUAUUCACAGCAAGGUCAAAGGCGGACUUGGCAAAUCUCGUGAAGCAGAGUUCCCCGACGCGCGUGGAGCAGCAGAAGAGGGAGGACCUUGGCAUCCUGACGACGAUGAACAUGAUGCUCGCGCUGCACCUCGCGAGCGUCGGCCCGCGCUUGCUGCUGCUCAUCCCCGGCCUGCGAAGCGAGGGGCGGCUGCGCUUCCUCUUCUGGUGGGUCUUCCUCCUCGACUCCUCCUGGCACUGGUACGUCCUCAAUCUGCGCAGCCAGGUCUUCCAGGAUUAUCUGGCGAGGCUAUUCCUGCGGUUCCCUUGGUGGCCCAGGGCCUUCAGGGCAACGCUGGAGUCGAAGCUGUUACCGGACGCAGGUCUCAGUGUGGAGUUGGGCCAACUUUGGCGGAAGAUGGAGUCUGCGGUCAGCAGAAGGAACCAGAGCCCCUCAGCAGAAAACCUUCCAUGACUGCAUGUGUUACUUAUUCUGUAUAAUCAGUAAAUUAUCUUUUGACAGUGAUAAACACGUGUCUAUGGUGCCUUUUUUAUAAUGUCGUUCAGAUGAUAGUCUGUUACUAACUGUAUGAUGCUAAUCUAAGAUAG